AUGCUACCAGGCGCACUGGCUACCGCAUUGGGGCGCUAUAAAGAGGACACAAACUCUGUCGCCGGCUGGCUUGCCUCCACGGCAAAGGCACAUGGCUAUAAGCCACAGUCAAACGAGACUCAGACAAGUUCCUCCGGCCGCCUAGAGGGAAACGCCAGAGAGAAAGCCAAGCAGAAAGCUGCUGAAAGUAACCAAGAAACAUGUCAGAAGUACACGGUUGCCAUAAAGGACUUUGUCCCCAUGGCGGAACACUGUUGUAGCAAAGGAGCCAGGCACCUGCAAACGAAGCCUCGCAUUCAGGUGCCUGGCUCCUUUGCUACAACAAUCGAUCGAGUAAUCUAUGAAAGAUCUUCUUUUAGAAGACUCCAUGUAGAACAGGGCGUUGAAGUUGAGGAGACCGCCGAUCUAAAUCACGCGUACUUUGUACGUGUGCUACAAGCGGUUCGAGAGGCUCUACGCCCCAAUAUGCCGAAGUCCGCUAAAGACAAAGUCCCUCACCCUAGCACUCCCCGUAGCCUGGCUCAGAACUUUGGUCAACUGACAGUCGAGGAACCAUCACGGGAGUUCUUGAAUGCCCCGGAAGUCGAGCGUCCUAAACAGAUGGCCCAGGAUAACACUAUCUACGAGUUAGAAGAACAAGAUACAUUGGAUGAUGCCUUGACUGUUUGGCAUCUUCUGAUGGUUGAUGCCGGAAAGAUCCGAGACCGCAUCGCAUGGGUUUGGAAAGCGUAUCGCGAUGGGAAGCUGGAUAUUACAGUUGCUGGGGUCGCCACGGACACCGGAAUCCAUAUGCUAGCGAUUUUAGAGGAACAGUCACGCUUGAUUCUUCAUCAGCAUGGCGGUUGCCUUAAGGUUUCUAAGGCAUACUUUAGCAGCGUAGCCUCUCAAAAGGGCUACUCCAUGCAGGACAUUAAUGACUGCUGGAACGGGAGCUGUGACCAUGUUCAGCUGUCCGAGCUGUUCAACACCACCUUUUCCCAAGCACUCACCAUCGUUGAGCGGCUGGUUAAGGUCUUUUCAAGUCCAAAUGACAUAGCCCUGAAUCACACUGAGAUGAUAAACAAGCUCAAGGCUUGUUGGAGUGUACCAGGAAGCAACGACACCAUCCUGAGGCUAUCAGUAGACCAGCUGAUGGCUACUCAGUUUUGGAACGCAUCACUGGUACAUAUCGCUAAGCGAGAGGGUCCGUUCGCAAUAUUUGAGAUCAUGCCAGCGUUUUCUGGCCUAUAUCUUUUCCAGGGUAGAGAACUCAUCGCCAGGCAGGCAAUGUCCUUCUCCAAGGACGUUAUGACAAUCAUGGCUCACGCAUUCAAUGCCAUGACGCAGCUCCGGAUACUCAAGGUACGGUGGCCUGAUAUGGAGGCAUUGGAAAAGUGCUUCGAGGAGCGCGACUUGUUUUUUGCGGGUAAGCCAGUGAAUCUCAAAGACUUCACGCGUCACCUCCUACUGACACUUGGCGUUCCACUAUCUGCUAUGAGAGAUAACAAAAUGAGGGCAAAGCGUAAGCCCCCACGAGAAUUUUUCAAGGCGUUCUUCGACGAAGCACCUGGUACAGCUCCGGUGUCAAGCAUGUUCAACAAAACAAUCUUCAAAUGCGGGAUCCUACAAGGCUUGUCAUGGGAUGACCUGGACUACUUGAUCUCUGCGAGCUUCUACAAAGAGAGGGUCAACGAUGAUGGAACCCACAAGCUUGUCUCGCUUGACAUGCCAGAAAAGAAGAAGUUGAAGGAACGGAUGGGAAAGCCCAAGUCUAAACACCGACAACAGUCAAAGCCCUGUUUCCCGGACGAAAAGCUGAGACAGUUUACAUUAGCUUUGGCCGGAGAGUCUCGAGAGCUUGCAUUUCCUUACAUGGAAAUGUAUAAUCUUUUCACGUCGCUGUUUGAUAAAAUCAGUGAUCGGUGCACUUUGACACUAGAGAUUUUCCUACGGGGACCUGGUUCCGACAAGGGAAAUCACUUAACAAUGCUGCAAAUUAUCUCGCUUGCCAGUCAGAGCCAUCAAUAUGAGGCCCUCCGCCAGGCAGCUGAUGAAAUUCAGAAGCAUAUCAGCUCUGAUCCGGCGAUGCUUUCCAAAUGCAUCGCAGAUGUUCCCGAUUUCGACGGUGCAGUCAUCCCAGAAUUCAAGUCUUACAAAGUCCCUGCCAAGAUGUUUGUACAUCUCAGCAUGGACACAGAACCUGAGGAUGAACUCAUCGUCCUCCCUCUUGAAGCAAUGGACUCUGCCCCAAGAAAAAUGGAAGAAGGAAAUAAGGACUCGUCGGGGCAUUCGCCUGUCGAUCCUUCUUGUUCACCUCCUCAAACGAAUAGCCAGGGUCAUAUGGCUCAUUAA